UGUCGCAUUGUUUCAUCACAACUAGCUCGAUCUCUCUUCUCUUCUUUCCUUUUCUCUCGGAGAGAGUUUUCGAGAAAGAUAAGAAAGUUAGAGCCGUUGGAUUGAUUACAUUGUGAUGAUGGAUUUGAAAUGCGCUGCCGUGGUGGCAUUUGUGUGCUUGAUCGUGGCCGGAGUUGUUGGCCAAGCGCCGCCUGCUCCUCCCACGUCAACUCCUGCGCCGCCGACACCUACCACCCCGAAUAAUCAGGCGCCGCCGACUCCUACCACCCCGAAUAAUCAGGCGCCGCCAACUCCUGCCACCCCUAACACUCCGGCGCCACCAACUCCCACCGCGACUCCGGCUCCUCCCACUCCCACCGCCACACCGGCGCCGCCAACACCCACUUCUUCUCCUCCUCCUAACACCACACCACCCACGCCGCCAGCUCAAGCGCCGCCGACUUCCUCUCCGCCUCCCGUCGUAACAUCACCUCCAGCUUCACCGCCGCCAACUCCACCGGCAUCUCCCCCACCAGUCACCACACCGCCUGCCAGCCCUCCGCCGUCAAGUCCUCCUCCAACCCCCGCUAGCCCCCCGCCGUCUCCCCUAUCUCCACCGCCGCCAACUCCUUCCCCUCCACCUCCGGCAGCUCCUACACCUUCCCCUCUCGCAUCUCCGGCUCCGGCUCCCAGCCUUAAGAAGCCCAAGAAGAGUCCGGCACCGUCGCCUUCCACAUUCAGUUCCCCAUUACCCCCGUCCGGAGCUCCGGCCCCGAGCCUUGGAUCUCUCUCUCCUGCUCCAUCGGCCACCGAUCAGAGUGGAGCAGAGAGCAUUAGGACGGUGAUGAAGAUGGCGGCGAGCAUGGUGGCGGCGUUUGGCGCCAUGAAUUUGCUGCUACUUUAGAUAUAUUAUGUGCGGAUGGAGUUGCCAUCAGGCCGGCCUAUCUUACAUCUAUUUGAUCUGCAUUUUAUAUGCAUUUAUUUACUUUGAUUCUUUGAGAUUAUUGGAGCUUUUUGUAUUGAGCUGUUUGCUUUCGAAUUCAUAAUUUCAUUCGGAUAAUCGACUCCAUCUAUUUUUAGUU